AAUUUAUAAAUAUAUUUAAAAUGUCUCCAUGGAUAUUACAUUAAAGAGUUGAUUUUAUAUAGUAUUGUGUAAUGAAUAUCUAAACUGUAUUCAUUCUGUUGUAGAGGAUAUAUAUUUUUUAUAUUGGAUGUCAUCAUUUUGCUCAAUAACUGAUUAUACAAAUAGAUAAUCAAUUGCAUUGUUAGAAAUUUUUUUCUCUUCAAGUGUGAAUACUUGACGUAGUUAGUUCUGGGUUUAUAGUAUUUGUAAUUCAUUAAAACUAGCAAUAUGUACCAAGUUAGUCAUUAGUCAUUCUAUUAAAUCUUGUACAAUCACCAUUUUUAUUUUGAAUUUUUGUCAACCGUGCUGUCAGUAUAAUAUAUGCAGUAUGGUUGGUAUCAGAAAGGCAAGGAGUGUUUUGCUGUUUUUUGUCUUGUUUAUUACAAUUUUGGUGGUGCGUCAAGUUGGGCACGAUUCAGUCAAGGAAGAGUUUAGGGAAAAGAAGACUCCAGUUAUCGGGAAUCCAUUAGAAGAUUUGGUUGUCAUUGUUAGAGAGUUUGAAAGUUUUGAUAACGAUGUAGGCGAGACUGUUGAUUCUGUUCUGAGUUCUUGUGGUGCUGUAUGUAAGAUUCUGGUGGUGAGUGAUGACACUGUAUUCCCACCUUUGCACUUAACGAGACAUGUGUCAUCGGUGGUUCUCAAUCCAGGGUUGCUCAGGCAUCGUCCAAAUCUUCGAGGUUUCUUAACUGGUGCAAAAUAUGUCCUCCUUUUGCCAGAUGGUGCUCGGUGUUCCUCGUCUACACAAUUAGUGGAUCUCAUACAUUUAUUAAAUACUGGAGAUUCACAGGUUGUAGCAGUAGGUGUAGGUGGCUCACCAUUAAUAUGCCACCGCUACACUCUUAACAUAGCUCCUGCUCCUCAAAGUGAAGCUUGUGAUGCAGUUAGUGGACGUGCAGCCUUGCUAAUGAAAACUAGCAGUGUUUUACAGCUGACUCAUCCUCUGGCACUCCCUGUGGCCCUGAGUAUUGGUAUCCAAGGUGCAGCACGUGCAUGGAAAGUGCAUGUUAGUCGGGGUGGUCUGCUUGGGGAGGGCCGACAACUUUAUGCCAAUGACCACCUACAGUGGAAACGAGACACUGUUGAAGAGGAACGGAAACGUGCUCUUUUUGCUGAGUUAGGUGUUAAAAAAGUUGUAACCACAGGUGGUAAAGUGCUUUGGUAUGGAUACAGUCGUAAAACACCUCGCUGCUUUCCUACCGUGAUAGACGAUACACCAGACUAUCUGUAUGUGGGACGCUGGACGCCACCAUGUUGCUUAGAAGGGUUAAGAACCACUGCACGACAUGUCUUCCAGGUGCUAAGGGGAUGCCGAGCACGUUGGUGGCUCGAGGGAGGGUCUUUGUUGGGUGCUGUACGAAGUGGAGAUAUUAUCCCCUGGGACUAUGAUGUAGAUGUGGGCAUUUACUCUCAGGAUGUUAAUCGUUGUCCACAACUGAAGGCAGCACGUUGGCAGACAUUAGAAGAUACUGAUGGUUUUGUGUGGCAGAGAGCUUCAGAAGGUGGGUUUUUCCGAGUACACUACAGCACUGCAAAUCAUUUACAUGUUGAUGUGUUUCCAUUUACCCCACGAGGGGGCACCAUGACACGAGGUGGUGCUUGGACCACGGGUCAUCGUCAGGAUAUAGAUUUUCCAGAGCACUUCUUGAGACCACUUGCAUCGGUGAAUUUUGCUGGAGUAAUGGCCUCAGCACCCAAUAAUGUCCGAGACUUUCUAGAGCUCAAAUUUGGUGCGGGAGUGAUUGAAACUCCUCAGUAUCCCAAUCCAGAUGUUCGCCUUCCACAUAAUAUAUCAGUGCUGACUUAAAGGUAAUUGUUCCUUUGAUAAAAAGUUAUGGGUUGUUUUUAUUGGCCUCAUUUUGUGAUUUGUUUAGGCUGGUGCUGUCGUGUACAUAAAUAAAACGUACAGUGCUGUAUUCUUUUGUCAGUGAUGGAUCUCAUCUCUUUUAUGUACAGAGUAGAGCUACUGUGUUGUGUUGUCUUCCAUUCGUGGCUAGUUAAAAGUGUCCUGAUAUUAGAAUAUUUUUUUAAUGAACCUGCUUACUUCCAUGCAAUCAAAAAUUGUUGAUUUAGUGUAUGAAUGUAUUAAGCUGUGUAGUUGCUUUUGAUUUUCUUUUACCAUAAGUAUGGUGCAAGUCAAUAUAUCUUAUCUUUGAAGACCAUCAUCACCGGGUACAUUCAUGACCUUCGAUAUGGUCAAUCCUAUCUCUGGUAACAAUGGAAAGAAUUUUAUACAUAUUUCUAUGAAAAGUGCUGAUUGAUCUGGUAUCCAUAGGUUAUUAAUUUUAGUGAUACAGUAAUUGUUUUUUUAUAAGAAUUUUUUACAACUUUUCUAUACCACUGUUUUAUCUGUUGUUAUUUAAAAAUUCUGUCUUAGAGUAUAGGAUGUAGCAGCCAACAUUAGGAACAAGAUUCAAAAGUUAUCAGGUGUGGAUUUGUAAUGUAUAUUUCCUGUACCUCAGCCUGGCAAGUUAAUGGACUGCAGUGAUGUACAGUACAGGUGCUCCUCUACUUCAGAAAGUUCAACUUACAAACUUUCAGAGAUACAAACAUCAUCACUGAGGGGAGUUACCUGCCAGAACAGGUGUUUAAUGUGGAUGAGACUGGAUUAUUUUGAAGAAAGUUCCAGAUAGAACAAACAUUACCUAAGAGGAUAAGAGUGAGCCAGGAUUUAAGGCUGUAUUAAAUGGUAUAGCUGUAAUAAAUAUCCACAAUCUUUUCAUUAUUUACAAUAUGUUUGGUAUCUACAAGAGUAAAGUUGGACUUACAAACAAUUGGACUUACAAACAAGCCUCAGGAAUGUAACUCGUUCGUUAGUAGAGGAGCACCUUUAUAGGUAUUUUUUGAAAUGCCAUUUUUCACUUUAGAUUUUGAGGUACAAAACUACAGUACUGCAGUUAAGCCACUGAAUAAGCUUCCCUUCAUAGUUACCUUUGAUAUUAGUUUGCCAUGGAAAAUCUCUCCUCAUAUGCCAUUUCCUG